CUAUAGCUAUUAUGAAGCCAUCUUAUAUUACUCUUUUGAACUUUAUGCUAUUAAUUUUUUUAACCCUAUGCUAUCUCACAAAUGCAAGUCAAGAUGAUCCAAUAAUUCUCAAUAGGUACCAAAAUUGGGUCCAAAAAUACAGAAGAAAAUACCAAAAUGAAGCUGAAUGGAAUAUGAGAUUUGGAAUUUAUCAAUCAAAUGUUCAAUUCAUUGAUUUCUUCAAUUCACUAAACCUUUCUUACAGCCUUACUGACAAUGCUUUUGCAGACAUGACAAAUCGAGAAUUUAAUUCUAUUUAUUUAGGUUACGAGAAACCGAUGCAGGAACAAGAAGACAUUAAUAAUGUUACGUCGUAUGAUAUAUCCAAAUUACCGGUUGGUGUUGAUUGGAGGAAGGAUGGAGUUGUUACACCAAUCAAGAAUCAAAAAAGUUGUGGAAGUUGUUGGGCAUUCUCAGCAGUAGCAGCAAUAGAGGGCAUCAACAAGAUCAAAAGAGGAAAACUUGUGUCACUAUCAGAACAACAACUAAUGGAUUGUGAUGUUUACUCAGACAAUCAAGGAUGUAAAGGAGGAUUUAUGGAAAGUGCAUUUGAUUACAUCAUGGAAAAUGGUGGAAUUACAACUUCAAAAAAUUAUCCAUACAUAGGAAAAGAACAAAAAUGUAACACAAAAAAAGCAAAACAACAUGAAGUUACAGUAAGUAACUAUGAAAAAGUACCACCAAAUGAGGAAUCACUUCAAGUUGCAAUUAACAAACAACCAAUUUCAGUGGCUAUUGAUGCAAGUGGCUAUAAUUUUCAAUUAUACUCUGGAGGGAUCUUUUCUGGCUAUUGUGGAAGUAGUUUAAAUCAUGCUGUGACAUUAAUUGGCUAUGAUGUGGAAGAAAAUAAUGGUGAGAAUUAUUGGAUUGUUAAAAAUUCAUGGGGUACUAUGUGGGGUGAAAGUGGUUAUAUGAAAAUUAAAAGGGGGUCAAGUGACAAUGGAGGAAUGUGUGGUAUUGCUAUGCAAGCUAGUUACCCUCUUAUGGAGGAGGAAAAUUGAAAUAUCUAUAUGUAUGUACAAAUAAGAUAUAAUAAAAGAUUUGAAUAAUUGUGAUU